CAAACGUGAAUCAAUCAGCGAACAAAGAAUCAGAGGAGGCGGGACUCCACCACUCAUCUCCUUCUCCUCCAUGGCCGCCGUAUUUCCAAUCGCUCUCACCGCCGUCGACCACCGUAAUGCAUCCGCCAUCCUAAGCAGCUAUUCCAUCACCCAAUCGCACAAACUGCGCCGCCAGCCCACUCUCAGAGUCAGAGCCUGCUCCCCCGCCACACCUUCCCCUGUCCUAACGCAAGACGCCCUCAAGAAGAUCGCCGCAGAAAAGGCCGUGGAUUACGUCAAGAGCGGAAUGGUCCUCGGCCUCGGCACCGGUUCCACCGCCGCCUUUGCCGUGGCCAAGCUCGGCGAGCUCCUCUCCUCCGGCCAGCUAUCCGACAUCGUCGGCGUGCCGACGUCCAAGCGGACACAGGACCAGGCCGCCGCGCUCAACAUCCCCCUGUCCACGCUCGACGACCACCCGAGACUCGACCUCGCGAUCGACGGCGCAGACGAGGUCGAUCCAGAUCUAAACCUAGUCAAGGGCCGCGGCGGCGCUCUCCUCCGCGAGAAAAUGGUGGAGGCCGCGUCGGACAAAUUCGUGGUGAUCGUCGACGAUUCCAAGCUCGUCUCCGGCCUCGGCGGAUCCGGACUCGCCAUGCCGGUGGAGGUGGUCCGAUUCUGCUGGAAGUACAAUCUUCUCCGGCUCCGGGAGAUGUUCCGAGAUCUGGGCUGCGAGGCAAAGCUGAGAUUGCAGGGGGACAAUAAACCCUACCUGACGGACAAUUCCAAUUACAUUGUGGAUCUGUACUUCAAGAUCCCAAUUAAGGAUUCGGACGCCGCCGGGAAGGAGAUUUUGGCGCUUGAAGGAGUUGUGGAGCAUGGACUGUUCCUGGACAUGGCCACUGCUGUCAUUAUUGCUGGGAAGGAAGGUGUCACUGUGAAGAGCAAGUGAAGAUGGAGGGAGGGCAUUUGCCCUACACAUUCUGGUAAUUUUUUUUUUCACAAUAUUCAUUUUUGUUCAUGAAUUUGGAAAUUUAUAUAUAGUGUAAUGUUACUUUAACCCCAACGAUGACACCGCGGUUUGCCACCACAGAGAAUCUUACACAACUAGUCAUUGUCUUGUCUGUGAGAGUAUUGUGGUUUCAUUCGUGUUGUGAUAGUAGCAUGGGGUCACACUCGGUUAGACACCAAGGGUUUAACAGAUAUCUCCGAACAUACAAACAAUCAUUGUCUGUGGCCGUUGAUGUCAAAUUCUUUGUGUCAAAUCCGGUGGUUUCUAGCAUUUUUGUAACUCAUUUAUAUAUGCACUAGAAAUCCACAUAAUUUAACACCAAUAGUUGGGCACCAAAUGUUUCAUAGAUAUGCACAACACGUGUUUGCUCAUCACAGACAAUGGCUGUAUAUCUGUCUGCAAAAUAUUUGGUGUCAAACGUGGUGUGACCUUAGACUACUUCUUAGUACAAUGGUGAUUGGUGAGAUUGAAAUGGUUGGGGUUUGAGUAAAAAUGACUUGUACCAAUAGUCUGUCUAUGAAUAAACUAUGAAUUUUGGUACAUUUGUUGAGUCUUGUAGCAAGGUUGGGGUUUGAGUAGAUGAUUGGUGAGAUUGAACUACUAUGAAUAAACACCCAACUUUUCUUGAAAGAAAAUGGGGUUUUUUUGUUUUGGUUUUUGGAGCUUGAAUAAUGAUUUUGUAGCUUAUGGUGUAUAACUUGUAUUGG